AGACCAUAGACAGACGAAAUGGCGAGACACGGCCAUUUCUGUCAUUUCUGAUUGUUUUUGUUUUUAUUUUUAUUUUUUUUUCAUUUGCCAUAAGAAACAUGUAAUAAGUUUAUAUUCAAAAGUACGUACAAAGAAAUAAAGAACCCACUAUAGAUGAUACAAGUAUGCAUAAAACCAAAGCAACGUCAGUGUAUGCACAAACAAACGUGUGUUUCCAUCUAGCGAUGGAUUGAUCUUCGAGUUAUUUGUCGGGCUUUCGGAUACAAACUUUUCAUAUUUCUUUACGCACAGAGAUUCCCACAAUUCAAACCUCGGUGACUAUUAUCACCACAGAGUUGAAACCGUGUUUCAUCAUGAGUAUCAAAUGAUCUGACCUACCUGCAUCACUUGCAAAUAAAUUAGGUAUAGUUAUGGAGGAUAGCACGAGCGUAAAGUCUAUGGAAUCAGUAACAACAAGUGAUGAGUACGAAUUUGUUAACGAGAAGGGUGUAAAUAAGCAACAGCAAAUUUUAGAGCCACCGACUCUCAAUAUUGCUAAUAACGGAAACUUGGAGGAUCUGCAAAAUAAUCUCAGAGAGCUGCUUACCGAAGACUCUAAGAUGGAAAAUGAAGUUGAAGUGAGGGCUAUAAGAGCUGAACAACAGAAUGAUGAUAAAAUACGAUAUGUUGGUCACAGUAAAUUCUAUGAAACAACUCCAAACAUGGUAACUUCAGAGAAACAGGAUCCAAUGAAACCAGAUGAUUAUGUAGAAGAAGAAAUAUUUUCAGCAUCGCACGUCCAACAGGAAUGCACUAUUUUUAAUGGCGUUACAUACCUGGGUGCUGCCGCAAUAAAUGCGCCUAAAUCUGAAGCUGAAAUCCAGCGCAAUAUGGGAAUAUUGUAUGCUGAACAAGCACCAAACUUGGGAAUAAAAGUAUCUGUCUCUAUACCUAGCUGUUCACAAGGCAGUGUUGUCUUAUAUGAUGCUACAAAUCAGCAAGCAAUGGCACACUACGAAGUCCAGCGUAUACUGUUUUAUGCACGUGGCGAAGCCACUGGAAUAUGCGCAGCAUGUUUUGCUUUUACAUGGUCACAUGGGGAUACCUUAGAGUCAGCUAUUUUCCAGUGCCAUGUAUUUCGCUGCGACAUACCAGAAGCAGUAGGUCAAGUAUCGGCAUGUUUUGCCAAAGCCUUUCAAAGAAUUCCCCGUUCCAUGACAAGUUCGUUGACUAGCAGUGAUUUUAAUGGAUUUAAUCCUGGCAAUGAAAAAAGCAAUUCCCGCGUUUUCAUCUUCGAAGUUACAAUGGAGGUAAAAGAAGAAGAUGGAAAAGGAGGAUUCAGCACAGUCCCAAAGGACAGGAAUUGCUUCAAAUUCAGAUGCAAUGUUGCCAAGCAAGUUUUUCUAAGCAUUCAGCAAGUAUCGAGCAAAGAAGGAGGUGUAACUUUGGAAAUUGAAAGGUGUUUUGGAGUACUAGUCAGUCCUGGGCGAAAUGUAAAGCACAGCGACAUGCGUCUUCUCGAGAUGCAGGUCAACCCAAACCCAAUGGGUCAGGACAAACAAUGCUAUAAUAUCUGUGGUCUUUGGGAUCCAGCUGAUCCGGCUUUAGAGAGUUUGAAUGUUGAAAUACCUAAGGAGGGUGAAAUUUUCAUGACAGUCGCAGUAGAUCUUGUAAUUCGUGGGAUAAGAGAACCAGUACGGUUCUUAAUCGAGACACCCGUAAAAAUUUUUCCACAGAAUGAAAGAUUUUGGUACUUUAACAAACGCCAUUUGGUUCAACAAUUUUACCUCAAUUCAAAAGAGAUUAUACCUGGAGAUGGAUCAGAAGUGCAUUAUGAAGUUCAAAGUAUAGAAACGUCUGGGGAGUUGGACCGAAAUCGAUUGAACCUCGCUUUGAACCUAGCGUCCUUAAUCAGAUCACCAUCUAUUACAAGCAUAGAUACAUUAACACCCAAGGAAGAAUUUGAUUCAGAUGGAGAUGAACCGAUGUUGAGCGGUACAGGUGAGGUUUCGAAAGACUGUUCUGCCGAUGAGUUAGCCAAUUGGGCAGAAGUCUUAGAUACGUGGCAGGUAAAUGAACAACGGCCUAAGCUUCUUAUAAAACUAACGAAGUUAGGAAUUCCUGAAGCACUCAGAGCCCAAGUUUGGCAAAGGCUAAGCAAUUGUGAUAACUCGCAGGAAAUGAUGGACAAAUAUCGAAUGCUGAUCACUAAAGAAAGCAGCUGUGAGAGUGUUAUCUUAAGAGAUAUAAAUAGGACUUUCCCAGCCCAUGAUUUUUUCAAAGAAACAGGUGGUCUAGGCCAAGACUCACUUUACAGAAUAAGUAAGGCAUAUGCUGUUUAUGAUGAGGAAGUUGGUUACUGCCAAGGACUCAGUUUUCUCGUUGCUAGUUUACUGUUACAUAUGCCAGAGGAGCAGGCUUUCUGUGUGCUAGUUAAACUAAUGUACGAUUACGGCCUUCGGGAUUUGUACAAAGAUAGAUUCGACAAUCUUCACAUGCGGUUUUACCAGUUGAAUCGUCUCAUGGAGGACCAACUACCAGAAUUGUACAAACAUUUCUGUGAUCGUGGAGUAGAAACUCAUAUGUUUGCUGCACAGUGGUUUCUAACACUGUUCACAGCGAGAUUUCCGUUGUAUCUAGUCUUUCACAUUUUGGAUGUAUUUUUACUCCAAGGUCUGGACACAUUAUUCCAAGUGGCCCUUGCGUUAUUAACGCUGUGUAAGAAAGAGUUACUUCAGUUAGACUUUGAAAGUAUAUUGAAAUACUUCAGAGUUCACUUGCCAAAGCGUUGUCGUAAUGAAGAAGUUUCACGCUACGUGAUGAAACUAGCAUGUUCAGUUGCGUUGAAGAAACUGAAAAAGUAUGAAGCAGAAUUCAUGACACUAAAAGAGGCGCAAGAAAAUGCUGACGAAUACAGUAAUGAAGUUGAACAGUUACGUGGAGCUGUGGCGAGAGGUGAAGAAGAGAAGCUACGACUUGAAGCAGAACUUACACAGGUUAAGGAAAUGCUACAGAGAGAGGUGACUAAGGCUUGCGCAGAAAAUCGCCGGAGUGGUGUGAUCAUCGCUGAAUACAAACAGAUUUGUCAAAGAUUGGAAGAUGACCACAAUGCAGCCAAAAGUGCGCUGAAUGAUUUACGUUCUAAAGUUUCUAGCUGUGAGCAGUGUAGAAGUAGCAUCGUGCAAUCUCCCAAAGCGCUACCUGAUUCGACGCAGAAUAUGGAAAACAGAAUCGAUUCAGUACUGCAUAGAGCUCAGGAACGAGUUAGGGAGUUAGAAUUGGAAUUAGCACAAACUAAAUUGGCUCACGUAGAGGCUGAAUGCAGAAACCAGGAUCUAACACAUCAACUCCAUGCCACUGCUUCCGAGCUCCAAGCUGCGAGGAAUAGUUGGCCAUGGCUCAGUAAAACUUUGUCUAGUAUAAAAGAAGCUGCUAAUAAACGUGAUGUAGUUGGUCCCGGCAUUUUGAGACGUGACAGUGCUCCUGGAGGAGACGUAAGACAGACAAUACAUUCUCAGAGCCGUGAUAAUCUGAAGGAAGUUGUCUGAAUUGGUAAGUCUGAAAUUUAUGAGGAAAUGUUAUGCGAUUAUGAAACUGUAUCGACUCAAAAUAUAUUAGCAAAAUGAGGAUAGUGUGUGAAGAUUUCCUUCGUGAUUUAAUUUCAGCAUGUAACUGAAACCAGAUUGAAGUCCACAGAAAAAAUAUUGUGCAGUGCACAUAAAAAAGAUCUGUAUAUGAAGUGCAUGUUCAUAUAGUUAAAUGAUAAGCUAAACACAUGUAGAACAUAAUUACACAUGCAGGAUUCCAUAGUACAUUAUAUAAAUUCACAUAAAGACAUUAUUACUAAAAAAAUUUAUUACAAUAAUGAGAUUAAUAAUUUUUUUUAAUUAAGCGCUAUUAUACCAGUAGAAUAUCGUGAAACAAUAUUAUCAAUAUUGUUUGGGUAAAUUUGUUUUGUAGUUGCCAUAGUACAUUGUUAAUUCAUUAGUAAUUAACUGUAAUUACUCAUUUGAUAUUAAAUCAACAAUUUUGCACAGUUAAAAAAUAAUAUAAUAAAAACGUAAUACAUAGAAAACAUCCAAGACAUUAGAAAAUACCAUUAUACGUGUUUUAUAAAAACUAGUUUAAACAUAUUAAACUGCAUACAAUGGGAAAAUAUACCGAUGGGCAGGUACUCUCCAUUGGCAGUCAACAUUGUCAAAGAUACAUUUUCACCAUUCCUUUGGUAAAAAUGGACUUACCAUUCUGAGGCCAUAUUGUGAAUCAGGUUUCAAAUCUUGGACAUGUGUAU